AAGCGAACUAAUUUCGUCUGCAUUGCGUUGUGCAUAGUGUGACUGUGUUCAGCAGAUCAGGUGGCUGUAAAAGCAACGAUAUUUAAAAAUGGCAACUCAACUCGGUGAUAUUAUUAUGUCUGCAAAGCCUUAUGUUCACACUUUAAGUCAAAGUAAUCGGACAGUAAACUGUAGUUCAUGUGUAAAAAGCUGUGAUGGUUUAAAGAAAUGUUCUAAAUGUGGUGUGUUGAAAUACUGUAGUGUCUCAUGUCAGAGAGAAGACUGGUCUGUUCACAAAGAAGAAUGUAGCUACUUACAGCAUGUAUCUCCUAAUAUUCCAGUGGAUAGUGUAAUGUUGAUGUUAAGACUUAUCAUUAAACACAAGCAAAGAGAUUUUGGAAAACCUGAUAAAUCUAAUGAGACUUGGAAAAGAAGUUUUGUAGAUUUUAAAACUCAUAAGAAGGAGAUAGAACAAGACCCUGAAAGGAUAUCACAGUUUUCACAGAUAAUGUUCACCUUACAAAAGGUUGUAGGGAAUAGCUUACCACCAGCCACUGAGAUAUUUGAUAUCUUUUGCAAGAUGACAGUUAACAGUUUUACUAUUUGUGAUGGAGAAUUAAAUCCUGUUGGUGUUGGUAUUUAUAUAAGCCCAUCUUUGAUUGACCAUAGCUGUGAACCUAAUGCUGUUAUAACAUUCUCUGGGAAGACAUUAUACCUGAGGGCAUUAGAGGAGAUAAAAGAUCCAACUCCAGAAAAUAUUAGAAUAAGUUACAUAGAUCAAUUGGCCUUGACCUCAGACAGACAGGAUCAGCUUUAUAAACAGUAUUAUUUUACCUGUGUUUGUACAAUGUGUUCUGAUGAAGAAAAGGAUAAGAAAAUGAGAUGUGUUAAAUGUCAGAAUUGUUCCCUUGGUAACAUGGAAAAGGAUGAGAAUGGUUUUCUUCCCUGUAAAGAAUGUGGUUGUUCUGUGAACAGUACAGAUUUACAUAGAAUACACAAAUAUGAAAAUUAUAUAUGCAGGUCAUUAGAAAGUUUAAAGUUGGAGAAAAAGGUCCAAGAUGCCACAAAACUGCUCCAGAGUUGUAUUGCCUGCCAGCAUAAACAAAAAGAUUAUUUUUGUUCCUACAACAUCUACUGCUUACAGAUAUUAGAUCUCGGACUAGAUGCCAGUUUAGAUUCUGAAAACUGGUCCCAGGCUUUGUCUUACACUAGUUUACUUUUUGCACCAUACAGAUUGUAUUAUCCACAUCAUAGCCCUCAGAUUGGUCUACUGUUAAUGAAGCAAGGAAAAAUACAGCUGUUUUUAAAACUGUUAAAGGAAGCUCUGACAUCUUUACAGCAAUCAGGGGAGAUAAUACAGAUAACACAUGGACAAGACCAUCGUUUAUACAGAGAUUUACAAGAAUUAUUAGACCAGUGUAUGGAGGAGAUGAGAGUGUCGUUAGAAUUUAGUAACAGUUGAUGGAGUUCAAUAAAGAUGAAAGAAUAUUGAACAUUCCAUAUUUUUUUCCUUCCUUUAAUUUCAAAAAUUUUGUGGAGGCUGAUGUCUUAACUUAAAGAGAAGUUAUGUAGGAACAUCUAUGUCUAAGUGUUCUGCAUGUGCCCCAUCCAUACCCAUUUCUCAGAAACUGUUUUAUAUAUAGUUGUAUAGUUUGAUUUAUUUUUACUGCACUACAAGAUAAGGGUAACAUGUCAAUAGCUUAUCACCCUGACUUACAGAAGUGAAUUUAUUGGAUUUUACUAAAUUAAUUAUUUUUAUUUCCAUUCUCCAUAAAAAAAAAAGAUUGGCAAUGAAAAAGUAUGAUUUUACUCUUAUUGCUUUUCACUAAAAUGGUUGCUAUGUAAAACAAAACACAAUCUGGAGUAAGAAUAAAAUGUAAAAGUGAAA